AGGAAGUCAACAUCUCUGAAUAGUUCAGCAUUCUAUCACACAGUAAUUCUCCUGCGUGGGCGUUCUCUGAUCAUCCCCUUCAGCUAAAGACAGGUGCGCAGACUCAGCUCUGAAGGGAAGCAGCAGAAGCCAACUCACACAGCCAGAGGACUCAGAGAGAAAAUGAGAGGACGGUUCAAGCGUAGAGAGAGAGAGGAUGAAGCUGCUGGGCUCUCUCCUCUCCCAGGCCAAACCACGGCGGGCUUCACCGAGAUACACUCACCUGUUCCGGGUUCAACUUGCCAGGAUUUGGGCGGUGGUAAAAAAGGUGCAAGAUGUUCCCCCUAUGAUAGUGAAAAAGUCUAUCUGGGAGUCCGCGUCAAAUUGCCAGUAAGGGAUCUUCUGAGGAACAUCCGAUUGGCUCAAGGCCGGGAUCCUGAAGAUAUUCAGGAGAUGUACAGAGAAACAGUCAUAGGAGAAAAGAAACGAGUCAAAACUCGCACAGGACGACGAACUGCCAAGAGAAAACGCCCCACAAAGAGCCUGGAGGAGUUGGCAAUUAUCGUGGAGGUUCUGGAGGAGGAUCUCAGGACUGGAAACACCUACAGCUCCUCUCCUUGGUCUAUACCCUCCCCAAGCUCUGCUGUGUCUCUUGAGGGGUCUCCAACCGGUGCAGGAUACAACAGUGACGAGUCCGAUGAAAUGAUCCCCAGCCCUCAGUCCUGCAUGAGCUACUCCCCCUGCUCGGCAGAAUACCAGCAGGCCCUGUCCCCUCCUGCCUUCAUGUACACCAGCCCCCAGCCCCUCAGCGCAGGUCACAUGGGACGAGACGGAGGGAGUGGGGAAGGCUGGUUUGAUGCCCUGAACCAGGACUGGAACCUGGACAGCUCGGCUUUCUUCUUCACACAGCUGCAGAAAGAGGAGAGUCAGCUGAGACACAUCACUGACUCUGUGCUGCUGUCCACCGAUGAGCAGGGCAGGACAGCGCUCCAUAAAGUGGCGUGUGUCGGGAAGAGGGCGCUGGGAUACGCCAUCGCCAAGAGGAUGGCUGCACUGAACAGGCUGGACCUCAAAGACUCUGAGGGGAUGACUGCUCUCCUCCACGCGGCACAGCACAACCAUCACCUGAUGGUCGCAGAUCUGAUCCGAUUAGGGGCCAACGUGAACGAGACGAACAACUCAGGAAAGUCGUGCCUCCACCUCAGUGCUGAGAAAGGCUACGUCAGAGUCCUGGAGGUCCUCAAAAACACGAUGAUGGAUGGCGUGUACGUUGACGUUGAAGCUGCUGAUAACUCUGGUAUGAGUGUCCUGCAGUGUGCCUCGGUGGCUCUGAAAGCGACAGUGCGAGACCUGGAGACCAGCACAUCUCCAAACUACACCAGGCUGCACAGGCUGCACCAGGAGCAGAUGAUGGAGACCCUGGAGUGUCUGCUGCAGAUGGGCAGCUACCUUCAUACCAUGGGGAGUCAGAGUCUGCAGCCCAGGUUCGCCUGACCCACGUGGUACAUCGGCCCGGCAGGGCUUUUCGGAAACCGACAGUAAUGUUCUGUGUUGAUUCCGGCCUGAUCUUGUCACAAAGAGAGACCAUAGUUAGAGUUUCUGCUCUUUGUAAGCACGAGUUCAGGCCUGUUAUGUAAAGCAUCUGAGGUUCUGUGUGUGGUGAAAAUGCCUGACUUGCAAUCAGGUGUUUUCUUGAAGCCUGCACAGAAGCAUCAGGUGCCCAUUAGGUGGUUUCUGUGAAACUUCCAUUGUUUGUUACAUUACAGUAACAAGUUGUCCUCAGUCAGUGUGUCUGUUGAGAUCCAGAUGUUAAGCCUAACGUGUGUAACUGUAUAGAAACUUUUUGGCUCUUUGUGCCGAUUUUAAGGGUCCAGUUUGUUUUUAAAAGCAGGAACCCAAAUACAGACUGUCUAGUGGGACUUUUCCCAGGUUUAGUUGACAUAAAGUCACCAGUGCUACAGUUUGUAGUUCACUGACUGGUGAUUGGCAUGUGAAUCUGGCACUUUGAUAAAUGUUGUUACAUCACUUUUGAAUAAAGAUCCUUUUCUUGUAAGAAAAGGACAUUUCCCUCCUAACUGUAGAUUUUGACUCCCAGGAUUGACACGUUGGAUCUCUGUAAAGACUUUAGUACUAGAGGACAUUAAACCGUUUAGUAAGCAUUGUGUGGUGAUGGGGAGUAAAGCUACGUUUUUAGCAUUGUGCAUAUUAAAAAUGUUAAGACUCAUCUACAAAUGUUAACUUUAUCCUAAACUUUUUGUGUUCUGUGAAGCAUGAGGCAUUUUAACAUGUGUUGAGCCUUGCCAGUUGCAGGAAUCAGGAAGUUUAUAGAUGAACCUUUGGCAAAGAGAUGGCUGACACUUUUCUCUUUGCUUGUAAUAAAAUGAAAAAUGUAACUAUUGCACAAAUAAUGGACUUUAUUUUACUCUGUAAUAUGAUGAGAUUUUGAACUAUAAAAUGACUUGUUCAUCCUUUGUAUACGCUCAAAAUAACUUUUACAUUCAUACCUGUAUUACUCCUGAUCCUCAUAUAUCCUGGUGUCAAUCGUAUGUCAAUGUCAAGUGUUUUGCUUUUUGCAAACAUAAAAACACACUUUUUAACUUUGUUUUCACAAGUUUAUGUCAGUGUGAUAAAAUGUUGUCUGUCAAGCAGAUUAUUACUAAUCCAAGUAUUUGUAAUGUAUCAUAAUAAUCACUGGUGGAGGGUGUUGGUUUGUCAAUAUCCCAUUUUAAAGCAUCUGUAACUAUUUGUUCAUUUGACUCUUCAUGAGAUCAAUAAAAUUCUGGAUUUUAGCAAA